AAUACAUGGGCUGCGGCAUUCCCAUAAGAUUGAAUUGUGAUACUACAUGUUGUGGCGAAUAUUCUAUAGCGUUAAUGAAGGAUCAGAGAAAAUGCAUAGCCAUAGCUAUUCCAAUUAGAAUAAAUUCUCAUUUUUCAUCCUAACAGAGAAGAAGACUAAGGGAAAAAAUGGAGGGAAGGUCACUACCAACAAGUGCGGCGAAUCAUAGAGAAAAAGAACCAAGGCAUUGGAUGGAAGAGAUGAGAGGUUCCCUUAUGGUGGUAGCCACAGUUAUUGCAACCUUGACUUUCCAAAUUGCCAUAAACCCACCAGGGGGUGUAUGGCAAUCAGACACAGACACCCAACAAGGUUGUGGUCCUGGUCACAUAUGCAAAGCUGGUACUUCUGUUUUAGCCUUUGGUGGUGAUAGCAACCAAAAGUUAAAAUAUGAGAUUUUCAUAUUGUUAUGUACCAUAUCUUUCUCGGCUUCUCAGACCGUAAUCCUACUACUGCUUUGUGGAAUUCCCCUCCGUAACAGGUUACUUAUGUGGUUGCUCAUAAUAGUUAUGUGCAUCUCAGUAAUUUGCUUAGCAGGAGCAUAUGUUGUUUCUAUUUGGAUGGUAAUGCAUCCACUUGAUGGAACACUUAAUCGCCUUGCCCUGUAUUAUGCAGCGUUUUGGGUGGUCUUAGUUGUUUUGCUGUGUCUCAUACUGUUCUGUCGCCUUAUGUAUUGGCUACUGAAGAAGUUUUUUCGCCUUUUGUGUUGCUACUGAAGGAGUGCCUUUAAGUUGAUGCCAACAUUGUUGUCAAGCCAUUCACACAAUUCUAGUAACAUAAAUUACUUUAUUUGAUGCACAAUUUCAUGUGAUCAUCUACCCAAAGUUCGGGAUGGUCUGCUUGAACUUGGCUGAAAUUUUUAUUUUAUCAACUAUACUGUGUAUCUAAGUUUUAGUAGUUUAGGGGAGUUCAUAGAUUUAAUAUUCAAUGCUGUCUUCAAAGCAAAUAAAACGCUAGCUGAAGUGUUUCUG